AGACUAAACCUGAGUUGGCCAGUCAACAAGAGCCAAAACCCCACGCUCCACUCGGCACGCUUCCCUAAUUCUACCGAACUCCAAGGCACCACACCACUACAGCCGUUUUCUACUCCGAUGAAUUCGCUGUCCCUCAACCCUGUUUCCACCGCCGGCAACCACACCACCACCACAAAACACACACUUCAUCAUCAUCUUCUUCACCACCACUUCAACAACAACAUCAACCAGAAGCGAAAAACAAGGAGAGGUGGGAAGUGCAAAGCGGUAUUAGCACAUGAAGCGCCGUUUGUGGUAGCAAUGGGAGCAUGUGUGCUAAACUCAUUGGUGUUUCCGUUGCCAGUGGGUCCGGAUGACAACGAAGACGGCGAGUCAGUGAUCGAGUCAGCUGAUGCUAGGUUUGCUGUUAUGGGGAUUAUUAGUUUCAUUCCUUACUUUAAUUGGAUGAGUUGGGUGUUUGCUUGGAUGGAUACUAUGGAUAAACGAUACGCUGUAUAUGCACUCGUUUAUUUAGCUCCUUACUUAAAGACGAAGUUAUCUCUGUCACCUGAGGAAAGCUGGUUGCCUAUUUCUAGCAUUAUUUGGUGCAUUCUUCACAUUCAGUUAGAAGCAAGCAUCAAGAAUGGAGAUCUUCCAGGCAUCCCAUUGAUUAAUCGAGGUUUAAAGAAGGCAUCUUCAAAGAAAGAUACCAGCAUCUCAGAACAGGAAACAAGAAAAGAUGAACAAAACUUACCUUCUGCAAAUGACGAAGUAAGAGAUAAAAUUAGAGGUUGGGGAAUUCCUAAAAAGCCUUCUCGACAAGCUGACCGUUUCGAUAAAGAAGACGAAGCGGAAGGGAAAAAGCACUAGGUGCUUUCACUCGUAUAGGUACAAGAUGAAGAGGAUGGGAAAAAGCACUAGGCGCUUUCACUCAUAUAGGUAUAAAUAUAUCUAAUGGGUUUAUGGAUCCAAUUAGAAAAAGAGGAAUGCUGUCAUGAUUUGAAAUCUUUGUUUUAGUUACCACUUACCACAUUUGAUUGGUUUCAAACUUCACUCAUCAAAGAAUUUUUAAUUGGACAUACAACCACAUUCGUGUUGUUUUGAACAUGGACAUAAUCAAGGUUUAUAAUUUCAAAUUGUUACCCAUAAUGUUUGCUUUUCAAGUUGCGAACAACCCCAGGUUUUAGAUAUUCAGAGGUGGAUCAAAAAGGGUUUGUACUUUGUAGGGUUUAUAUGUGCUUAUAUAAACUCUCUUUUUGGGUGAA